GAGAUAGGUUUGCAGUAGACCCGGGCUCGUGUCACGGUAGCUCACGUGCGAUUGCAAAAAUAAUUCGCACAAGUAAACACAAAAAAAGAAACUUACUAACUACAGCUUUUCGUGUGCUACCAGAAAAGUAUUCCUUAUCUAAAUUAGAAACAUGAAAAAGGCCAAAUUGUUUGGGGAAAUAUUCUACAGCUUGAGUCUAGUUUUGUGAUGCGUGCACAGCUUGAAACCAAACUCACGUGUGCAUCCCUAGCUUAAACAAAGCAGUUGUGGGAAGAAAUAGAAGCGGAAACGGGUUUUGCGUUUGGUAACUGGGAAGCAAUCGCUAGCAUUCAGCACUUUGGGCAGCAGUCUGGAGUUGCAGCCGCAUCAACAUCAACGCCAACCUAUCCCGAGCCGUGCCAGCGCAGCGCGAAACUGAUCGAUAAGACAGAAGCCAGAGCCAGCGUGGGGGCGUCACCGUCGUGGGAAAAAAAAUCAGCAAAAACAUAAACAAACGCCAGCAAUAUGUCUAUGAGCAAUCUAUCAAUAGACGGCGAGUUCCGUUACAUUAUCCAAUGGUUCAAUGAGUGGAGCGAGCUGCAGCGGGACGACUUUGUCUACGUUUUGGUAGAAUAUCUGGCUCGUGGCUGCAGUACAGACGUGGGCGGCGCCGGCGCAGAUGGAGGCGGCGGUGUCUAUGUGAACGGCCUGGUGAACUCCUUGGCCAGUGCGGCCGUGCAAGACAAGCCCAUGAGUUUGUUCCAGUGCCGCAUUAAGCUGUUCCGUGAAUGGAGCCCCAAAUGGCCGAUCGAGUUUAAAUGCAAGCUGCAGGAGAAGAUCAGCGAGAUCGACGCAAAAGUGGGAGAGAAGAUCAUAAAUGAGCUGAGGGGGCCUCAUGGUGUGCACAAUGGCGACGUUGCCGUGCAUUUAAAUGCAAAUGGGGCAACGAGCGACGAUGGAGGCAGAGAACAUGAACUGGAGCAGCCGGCGGUGGCAAUUGAGAAGGCUGAGGUCGCAGCUUUAGCUUCAGCUUCAGUGGUUGUGACAGAGCCAGCUCAUGAGGUAGAGGCGGACAAUGACAAUCGCUUAGCGGCGGUCUUAAGCCAAGAGACACCCGUUGAUGAUGAUGACGACGUGGAAGUAGAACCCCGAACAGAAUCUGCUGGCAAUACUACUACCGAUGUAAAUGGCCAUUAUCCAGCGGCUGCAGUGACAACGAUUGCAGUGAAUACAUCUCCAUCGCCAUCCCCAUCCCCAGCCAAUUCCACGACUCCAGCAAUCGUCGAACCUGUAGAACAGGUCGAGAAUAGCGUUACAGUCACCGUGUCUGCCCCAGCCGCAGAAGUUCCCCCGGUUGCCUAGAGAUGCAGCCGAGCCGCUCGUUAAAGACAAACCAUCCCAACUUGACAUUCCAUUUCCACGCGAUGCAUUUCUAGUUAAGUAAUCGAAUCUGAGCCCACAACCCUGGGCUCUCGGCCAAUAAGACUUUCUCAUUCUCUGGCCCUUUAUUUCCCAUCAUCGAAUAUCUUAAGAGAGCAUAAAUUGUAAGCACCAUUAAACGGGAAGUACGCUCGAUCCAUUCAACAUUUA